AUGGCGCCGCGGCGGCGCAGCGGCCGGCUGGCUGCAGCGUGGCUCCCCCUGCUCUUCUCAGCACUGCUGUGGCAAAUGAUCGCCCCUGUUUACCCGGCGCCGGCCUGCCCGCGGAGCUGCAGCUGUCCGGGGGUUAAAGAGGUCCACUGUACGUUCAGACACCUCUCCGCCAUCCCCAACACCUUUCCCAAAGACACCGAGAGGCUCAACCUGGGCUAUAACAGCCUGACGGAGGUGGAGGGGUCAGAGUUCAGGUCCCUGCGGCAGCUGGAGAUGCUCAUGCUGCACGGCAACGACAUUAGCACCGUCCAGCCCGGAGCGUUCUACAGCCUGAGGUCCCUGCAGAUCCUGAAGCUGAGCUACAACAAGCUGACGGCGGUGAAUCCGGGUCUGUUCGAGGGUCUGGUCGGUUUGAUCCGGCUCCAUCUGGACCACAACCUCAUCGAGUUCAUCGAGCCGUACUCCUUUUCUGGCCUGACCUCCCUCAAGCUCCUGCAGCUGGAGGGAAACGUCCUCAAACACAUCCACCCGCAUACCUUCAUCACAGUGUCUCUGCUGGGAAGCUUUUGGACGUCUGGACUCAAACACCUGCACCUGUCGGAUAAUCUCCUGGAGCAGCUUCCUGCGGCGGCGCUGGAGACAGCUCCCAGGCUGGAGCUCCUGUCUCUGCACGGAAACCCCUGGACCUGCGACUGUCAGCUCCGCUGGCUCGCCAGGUGGAGCUCAGCGCACGAUGGUGUAAUAAAAUGUAAGAAGGAACGUGGCACCAGUGAAAUAUGUCCGCAGUGCUUCUCCCCUCGGCACCUGAACGGCACCAGCGUACUGGAGCUCACACAAGACAAGCUCGCCUGUGAGCGACCGGCGCUGCGCUCCCCGCUCAAGCAGUGGGACAAUCCGGUGUGGGCUGAAUCAGAGGUGCAGCCGGACUCCCCCCACACUCGGGACUUUGAAAGACCUCUGGGCCAUGUGACCGUCGUUCUCUCGGACAGCCACGGGAACAACGCCCAUGUGGCGUGCGAGGUGCGGCAUCCCGAGGACACCCCGCCGAUGACGUGGGCGGUUAAUCCGAGCACGCCCGGGGAGGCGUCUGUUAAUGUUUCCCUGGUGACCUCCCUCGAGUGCGAGAUCGACCGGCAGAUGUUGCAAAAUCUGUGGCAACUGGUGGCGUAUUACUAUGAGAGCCCUGCCAUCCUGGAGAGGGGCCAGCUGAGAGGAAACUCCAGCAGGAUGACCUAUCAGUACGCCCAGGCCGUCAAUGAAAACUCCCCGUAUUUCACAGAGUUAAAGGGUUAUUUGGUGGGAGAACCCUCGUGGCUGCUUCAACCCAGAGUCACACUGAAGCUGAACAGAGAGCAGACCACAACCAAGAAACUGGUGAUGGACUUUUCCACCGUCAUCAGAGAGGAGAUCAACAGCCACAGAGGCCAGGAGAACGACCAAGACUUCGCCUCCUCCUGGGCAUUGCUCCGCAGAGAUUCACCUGCUCGGGUUAAAACUGCUCUAGAAGGUUCAAAGGUUCAUUUGGAGUGUGGCGUCAUCACCUCUGAUCCAGAUGUGAAGGUGGAGUGGAUUCUUCCAGAUUUGUCUCUAGUGGAGGAAGCAAAUGAGAAAAUAGAAAUUUCCGAAAAGGGGGGACUUGUGAUUUUAAAUGGCUCUUUGGCUGACUCGGGUGUCUACCACUGCAUGAUCAGAAGCAAAGCAGGUGUGGACCUGAUGCCUCUGAGACUCAGCAUCAAGCAACGCUCACUCGGUCCCACAGCCUUCAACGGUCAGAAAGUCACAGUGGAGAAGGGAAAGUCUUUAUCUCUUCAUUGUGACGUGGCCUCGGUUCAACCCAGUCAGACCUUGUGGUAUAUGCCAAAAAAUCAAGUUCUUCAUCCGACACAAAAGACCAAGAAAGCAGAAGUGUUUGCGAAUGGGACUCUGGCAGUAAGGAAGCUGACACUGGAAGACGCAGGGGAAUAUAGCUGCCUGGCUUCCAAUCUUUACGGAGUGGACAUGCUGUCUCACGUUGUGGAAGUGACGGGAGAAAUAUCCUCUGAAGAAAACGCCGAAACAAAGCGGCUGGUCUUGGCAGGUGAGGUGGAGGAAGGGGAGGGAUCAGGUGAAGAAUAUCAGGAGAUCAUUCGUCCUUAUGCGACACAACUCCCUGAGAAGGUAGCAACACAACAAAAGUUCUCAAAAAGGAUACGAAUAAAGGAGUCAAAGAGGAAACCCAAUAAGUCAGUUAAGGAAUUAGAUCCCAGUCGGUGGGCGGAGCUAUUGGCUAAGGCUAAUGCUAAACCAAGUGUUGCUUUGCCGACGGAGCAGUCACUGGAGGAGCCCAGUACUGUCCAACAGUCUGAAAACAGGCAAUCUGAAGGAGGAAGACGGAACCCCAACGUUGCUCCCGGUCAGUCAAACAGGAGAAGACCCUAUCACAGACGUAGGAAGCCCCCAUUAAGGCGAGUCAAUCCACAUUCAAACCCAUUCCACCCUUCAUCAAAAAAGUCCCAAACGACUGUUCCCCCGACAACAACCACCACCACAACAACCACAACAACCACCACUGUUGCCACCACCACGACUCCUGUAUCAACCACAGCGGAAGACCCAGAAAACCUCUCCAUGGAGUACCAGACAGAGGAAGAUGAAGGUGAUUACUAUGAAGAAUAUAACGAGAAGAGCAGUGACACUUUGGACAAAGAGGAAGGUUUAAACAACACUCAAGAUCCUGACAGAACCGCCACUCCUCCUCCAGGAGUUGGAGAAUACAAUCCUUCAGUUGAACACAAACUGCCGAGUCCAAAUACAAUAGCGAUACCAAAGACAGACAGUCCAGUUCCAGAGAGCGUUGAAGAGAAGAAGAAAGACAGUCACACAGAGCAACCCGGGAUACAGAGAGUAGACGGAUCCAGACAAACCGAGGACCGUCAGAGCGGUAACAGUCCUACAGGAGAGAAUGAGAGCAAGGUCAUCACAGCAGAGGACAAACAGGAAGUGGACGUCGAAGGCCAAGAGGGAAAUGGCAAAAAAUCAACACCAGAGCAGGUGACACAGAGCUACAAUACUCAAGAAAGCAUCCGAGAAACGACACGAAACAGGCUGAGACCCAACACUGGACUACCACCUGACCUGAACACACCGGCCCACAGGAGGACAUCCUCCUCAAACACACUUUCAACAAGAGGCAGAACAAGGGAAGAGGUGACUCAGAGACCCGACAGAGGCUUUACCAGGCCCACCGCCAAACCCGAACUCCACCAUUAUCCUGUGAUGGAGCCCCUUCAUCCCUGGCUCCAUCCGACCAACCAGGGGAGAGGCCAAGCCACCACAUCCAAGAUCACCCACCCAAAUCCCGGACGACAGGGGGAAGUGAGUCCAGGCCAUCAUUCACAGCCACCCAGAGUCCCUCCAACCUCCCGCUGGUCCUCACAUUAUAACCCUCAUCAGCACUACCCCGUCUACCCAUCCUGGCCAGGUCAGCGGUCCUUUCCUCACCCACGGCAAGGUCAGGGGUCACAGCCUGCUCCCACCCCUCGACCCUGGCCUCUGCCACACCCCUGGGCUCACGGCUCGUUUGUGACCAACCGACCGGAGAUCACAGCUGAAACAGUCAAGCCCACGCCGACUGCUGCUGGAGCGGGGAAGUCCAGAUUCACGAUCUCCAGCCACCACCCCCAGCCGAACCACCACACGGACACCAGAACCCAAAUCAGAGACCAGAUGCUAUUCUCAAGGCUGAGAAACCGAUACAGACAGGCGCAGCUGGAUCGCAUCGCUCAGCUGGGGAGGAUGGUGACGCCCAAACCUCGCUCCAGCUACCACAACCCUCUGCCCUUCGUCACACCUCGACCCGCUCAUCCAUUCCUGCAUCGAUCCUACCAACCCAAACCCCCGGCACCCACUGCUUCCUCCAGCCACACCCUGAAGAGCCUCCACCCUGCGAAGCCAUCCUCAUCCUCAUCCUCUGGUUUCAUCCCGACGCGUUUCCCUCCUCGCCCCACGAGCUCAGGAGCGACGUACACCGGUCGAAUCAGCCCUCGCCGUCCUACCGCUGCGCCUCCUUUCCCAUGGGGAGGUGGAAGCGGUGGGGUGAAACCCCGGAUCACCACCAUUACUGCGGCCAGUGUGUCUGUGCUGGCAGAGAGCGACGUCUUCCUGCCCUGCAAAGCAACAGGGAACCCUGAACCCAGCAUCGCAUGGACCAAAGUCUCCACAGGUGCUACCAUCCCAGCCAACACCAAGCAUGGUCUCCGCUUUGAGGUCUUCAAAAAUGGAACUUUUCUCAUCAAAAACAUCCAGCUCCAGGAUCGAGGACAGUACCUCUGCACGGCCCAGAACCAGUUUGGAUCCGACCGAAUGGUCAUCACCUUAGCUGUCCAGACCGAGGCGCCAAAGAUCAAACCACCCAGGUCCACAGAGAUCGCAACCUACGUAGGCAAGACUGUGAUCCUGGACUGCCAUGCCUCUGGAAGACCACCCGCACAGAUUUCCUGGAUUCUGCCGGACCGGACGUUUGUCCGUGAGCCUGGAACUAUUCACACUCUGCUCUCUUCCAUGGCUCUACUUCCAAAUGGGACGCUCCAAAUUAAUUCUGCCAAUUUCUCCAGUAAAGGGGACUAUAAAUGCAUUGCUAGCAACGCAGCAGGCGCUGAUACAGUCACUUACCAUCUCCACGUGGCUGCGCUGCCUCCCAGUAUAAGCGAAGGAGCGUUGGACACCGUGAUUGUUCCACCAGGCAGGAGUGUGUAUAUCCACUGCUCUGUGAAGGGAGAACCUUUGCCGGCUCUCAAAUGGAUUCUCCCGGCAGGCGUUCAUGUCAAACCGUCUCAGUUUCUUGGACGCAGGCUGUUUGUCUUCACUAACGGGACGCUGUUUCUGAAGAAUGUUUUGCCGUCUGAAGGUGGGAGGUAUGAGUGUUUGGCAACUAAUGCAGUGGGACUGGCUAAGAGGACAAUCCAGCUCGAAGUUCGGGCAGAUUCCUCCUCGUCCUCCCGCCAGCCUCCUCCUCCUCCUCCUCCUCCUCCUCCUCUUCCCAUCCCUCCAGCCCACCGCCAUGCCACCCCGUCACGUCAACACACUAUCUCAGCCAUGUACGGCUCCGCUGUCUACCUCCACUGUCCAGAGUCCAGCAAAUCCACCAGGGGGACCACCUGGCAACUUCCCUCCAAAACCAUCCUGGAGCACCGAUACAGUCCAGAGAGACCAAUUAAGGUUUUCCGUAACGGGACUCUGAGGAUUCUUCAGCUCACAGAGGUGGACGGUGGGAAUUAUCUGUGUGUCUUUCAGCGACCCAAUGGGGAGGACAUGGAGCUCUUCCAGUUGGAAGUUUUAAUGACCCCUCCCAGGAUUGAACAAGUGAGGGCGACACAAACCAGAAUCACCUUUGGAGAAAAUUUCCAGGUGGAUUGUGUUGCCACAGGCCUCCCUGAUCCAGAGGUUUCCUGGAGUCUCCCAGAUGGAACUUUAAUAAACAAUGCUCUUCAGUCCGAUGACAGCGGCCUGCGAAACCGUCGCUACGUUAUAUUUGGCAAUGGAACGCUCGUCCUCCAGCAGAUGGGAAAAAGGGAUGAGGGCGACUACACUUGUUAUGCCAAAAACAAACUGGGCAAAGAUGAAAGGAAACUGAGCAUCAAAGUGGGGCCAAAUGCUCCCAAAAUAGGAUAUAAAUCACAGUCAGUGCUCAUGGUGAAACUGGGAGAAUCGGCUAAACUGAGCUGUCAAGCCACAGGGGAACCUGCACCAAGAAUCAUAUGGAUUUCACCACGCAAGGAUGUGAUAUCAGUGUCAUCCAGCAGGUUUCAGAUUUCCAGUGAUGGAACACUGGUUUUGAACAAAGUUACUCUAGCUGAUGAAGGGAAAUACACGUGCGUGGCACGAAAUUCUGCUGGAGACGAUGUAAAGGACAUGAAAAUUGAAGUGGAAUCCCAGGAACCGUUCAUCAAUGGCUUGAAAGGAAAGAGUGCCACAAAGGUUUUAGGUAUUUCCUACCAAACAGCACUUCUGCACUGUAGAGUGGAAGGAAAGCCUGAACCGAGAGUGUGGUGGGUCACGCCGUUUGGCCUCUCCCUCACGACGCCUUACCUGGGAGGUCGCUUCCAGGUUCACCAGAAUGGGAGCCUGGAGUUGAGGGGGGUGAGGAAAACUGACGAGGGGAGGUACAUGUGUGUGGCUAAAAACCAUCUGGGCGAAUCCUCACUUUUGGUGGACGUGGAAGUGGCCUCAGUAGCAGAGAAACCUAGCUUUGCUGUCCCCAAUAUUGAAAUCUUACCACUGAAGCAAGGCGGCAGGGAGCUGCUCCUCGAGUGCCCGGCUCGUGGCAAGCCAAGCCCAGAGUAUUUAUGGGUGCUACCCAACGGGACCAUAUUAACGCCGGGCAUUCGACUGCAACGCUUCCACCAUCAUUUAGGGAACGGAACACUACGGAUCUCGCAACCAGCUUCUAUUGAUAAGGGAGUGUAUCGAUGUAUAGCCAAAAACGUGGCAGGGCAAGCAGAGAAACGAUACGCUCUGGAAGAAGGCAGGAAGCCAGUGAUCAGAGGACUAACAGGUGGGAUGAAGAUUACCUACGGCCUCAAUCUUAACCUGCCUUGCACGGUGGACGUGUGGCCACAGGCAUCAAUCACAUGGACCCUACCUAACGGCCUUGUUUUGGACAAACCGCAGACCAUCGGUCGGAUAUCCUUCUUCCCCAAUGGGACCCUGCAGCUCAGGCAGGUUGCCACUUUCGACAAAGGAACAUACCUGUGCAAAGCCUCCAACUCUUUUGGUUCGUCAACACUGUCCUACCCGGUGGCGGUGAUGGUGUUCCCUCCACAAAUCACCAGUGAAAUGUUGUCCAUCACCAGGGUCAGCCGGGGGUCACCGGUGACCUUGAAGUGUGUCGCAACCGGUAUUCCCAAACCUGACAUUUCGUGGACGUUACCCGGGCGGACAACUUUGCUCCCACAGAAUCGGUACACAGUGCAGGGAGGAAUUCACAUGAGCGAGGACGACAGUCUGGUCAUACACAGUCCGGUGCUCAUGAACUCUGGGAUUUACAAAUGCAACGCCAAGAACGCCCUCGGAACAGACUUCAAAUCGACUUACUUACAGGUUGUUUGAGGGAUAUUUAACUUCCACAACAGAACUAAGACUGGACACAGACUUCAAUACGGUGUGGACGUCCAGAGGCUCUGGAAGAGGCCUGACAUUCAGACAUUGCGUUGCAGUUUCAAACAAGGAUGCUUCAGCGAACACUCACCAUCUGCAGUACGCAAUUUCAGCUUUGUGUUUGACGCGUCUGAAAUUUCUUCACUCGCCACUUUCUUUUUCAAAACACGUUUAAUAAGUCUCACAAUCUCCUUUCAGGAUUAUAGCUCUACUUCCCAGUACACUCUGUCACUGACACAACUCGUCUCUGAGGGGAUUCAUGUAACUGAAUAGAGCUUGCGCCUCAUAUCUGCAUGUUGUUCAGAGUUGCAUCUUUAUGUGUUUUGAAGAGCAGUGUUUCUGUUCAGGUCAGACAUAUUGACGCUGUAAGACACUCGAGAGAUUUGUCACAAAUAUCAAAUAAAAAUUUCACACAUUUGAACUUCAUCAAAAGACAAAAUCAGGAUUGACUUAUACCCCUUUCCCACUGAAACUAGCGGGUAGACUCGUGUUUUUUAAACACGGGUCUACCCGCUAUAACAAUCGGCAACUGACUCCUUUCCCACCGCCUGCAGACGCGGGUUUAAUUGCCGGCAGGCGAGCUCUGUGGCUGCGUUUUCCUGCCCUGAUGGUGUCCCACGUUGAUGACAUCAUCAGCGCAAUGGAGCACCGCGAGCUAAACGAUGCAGUGGAGCACCGUCCCCAUUACCUGUGGACGAAUCUCCUUUUCCCCUCGGAUCAAGAGAAGCUCUCUGGUCUUGCUAUCUUGCCAAUACUGGGUCAUCUUGACGAAGGAUAUCUCACGCUGUGUCCCAGAACAACAACAAGUGAGCUAACGUAGCCGUUUACACUACAUUAACGUGUGCCUUUUACACUCAAGCCGAGCCGGAGGCAAGCCGAUUAAAACCCCGGUCGCUUGCAGGGUCGAUCGACCUGGGUCGGAAUGCUGAACAAACCCUUUCCCACUGCCAUGAGGAGCCGAUUAUUAGCGGGUUUAAACAGGUUUUUUGGCCUGUGGGAAAGGGGUAGUGUAAACUGAAAAGCUGGUAUAUUUAAAAAAAAAACAAAAAACUAACGUCUGUGACAUUAUAAACCCCUCCCUUACUGCUGCUCCAACUUGUGUAUCUGUAAAUUAAUCACUGUAUGUACCAUUGUUAUGUAUUCAUGUUUAGCUACGGCGAAAAGGAGUGAUGAGUGAAUAGAUCGGCUGUGAGCGGUUAGCAAUGCACAUGAAAAACAAAAUGGAAAAACUAUGUAAUUUAUAA